ACAGCAUUUGCCUAGAUCCCUUUGCACCUUGCAAAGAUCUUCGACCGGGGGAUCUCUACACUCGGCUCAAUCCUCGCCAUUCCUUCUGUGAGUAUUAGCUGCUGAUCUCUCUCUUCCCACUUUCAAACCAUUGCAUUUCAGAACCCUAGUUGCAAAGAUGGGGCUGUCUUUCACCAAGCUUUUCAGUCGGCUGUUCGCCAAGAAAGAGAUGCGCAUACUGAUGGUAGGUCUUGAUGCUGCUGGUAAAACGACCAUUCUCUAUAAGCUCAAACUUGGAGAGAUUGUCACAACAAUUCCUACCAUUGGAUUUAACGUGGAGACGGUGGAAUACAAGAACAUUAGCUUUACGGUUUGGGAUGUCGGGGGCCAGGAUAAGAUCCGUCCAUUGUGGAGACAUUAUUUCCAAAAUACUCAGGGACUAAUCUUUGUGGUUGAUAGCAAUGACCGAGAUCGUGUUGUUGAAGCAAGGGAUGAGCUGCACAGGAUGUUAAAUGAGGAUGAAUUGAGAGAUGCAGUGCUGCUAGUAUUUGCAAACAAGCAAGAUCUCCCGAAUGCAAUGAAUGCUGCUGAAAUAACUGACAAGCUUGGCCUUCAUUCUCUCCGCCAGCGACACUGGUACAUUCAGAGCACAUGUGCCACUUCUGGUGAAGGUCUUUAUGAGGGGUUGGAUUGGCUCUCAAACAACAUUGCAAGCAAGGCUUAGAGUACUAUUGUCUGAGUGCUGGAAGAAACCUUAAUUUCUUUGUCGCUUUGAACUUUUGCUUUUCUGUCAAAAUUUGGUUCUUCUUUUGCUAAGGUUGAAAUCUGAUUCUUGUACUUGAGAAUAAUUCAUAGAUUUUUGUCGGUUCUUUAGCAUCUUCCUGCUAUAUAUUCUCAACCGAGUCUUUUCCA